AUAAAUAAAGUUAUAAUGAACUUCCCUCUCAAAGUUAAAACACUAAAAAGUAGUUGGGCCGGCCCAUCAAACUUACCGUUGGUUAGAGCGGGACCAUCACUACCCGCAACCUGGUGCUCUUCCCAGUUCCAAUCGUUUACCUUCUCACAUCUGAAUCCUCUUCUACACUGCCACUCUGCAACAGCUGCCACUGAAUCCAUUUCCGUCCAAUCCAACUCUUUCUCUCUCGUUCAUGGCCCUUCCAUGUCUCUGUUUCUAAUACAACCCAGUAAAGUUUCAAAGUUCCUCCGCCGCUUUCCGUACUCUCAACCUCACUCUUCCUUCUCACAUGGCUUCCACUCUCCAUUCUUCACCACCCAGCUACGCUCUGCGUAUCCAAGACGACGAACACCACCAGAAACGCGAAGACGAAGCCGCCGAGAGCAACUGCUCCUUCCUAGUCGUUGCCUUUUGCCCAUGUCUGGUUUGCUUUAUUCUCCUCCUCAUUGUGGUUUCAAUCAUCCUUGUUGUCAAAUUCCAUUUCUUUUGCCACACUCCUCUCCAUUCUCUCUUCUACAAGAAGAAUUGCUAACACCCAUCUUCAGUAAAACCUCGAAAUUUCGAGUUUUUCAGACACCCAACAGUGAUUUUCUUGGAAAAUUUGUCCAUUUUGGCGAAAAUUUUAGUGGGUUUUCUAGUGUAUCCGGUGGUGAUGCAGAUUCAAAUGGUGAAACUGAUAUCGAGGACAAUGAUGGUGGCGAGAGAGAUGGUAAUGAGGGUGUUGGUGGUAAUUCUGGUGCCGACCCAGAAGAGGUUGAGAGGGUCUGCAAGGUGAUCGACGAAUUGUUUGCACUGGAUCGAAAUAUGGAGGCCGUUCUUGAUGAAUGUGGGAUCGAUUUGUCACAUGAUUUGGUCGUGGAUGUGUUGGAACGGUUCCGACAUGCUAGAAAACCAGCGUUUCGGUUCUUUUGCUGGGCGGGAAUGAAACCUGGGUUUUCCCACAAUUCGAGGACUUACAAUUCGAUGAUGAACAUUUUAGGCAAGACUAGACAGUUCGAGACCAUGGUUUCUCUGCUUGAAGAAAUGGGUGAAAGAGGAACUUUGACAAUGGAGACUUUUAUGAUAGCUAUUAAAGCUUUUGCUGCUGCUAAAGAGAGAAAAAAAGCUGUUGCGGUUUUUGAGCUGAUGAAGAAGUACAAGUUUAAAGUGGGUGUAGAUACUUAUAACUGUUUGCUUGACACUCUUGGAAGAGCAAAGCUAGGGAAGGAAGCUCAAGCUCUUUAUGAGAAGUUGAAAUUGAGGUUUACUCCAGAUUUACAAACUUAUACUGUACUUAUUAAUGGCUGGUGCGAAGUGAAGAAUUUGAUGGAGGCUGGGAGGUUAUGGAAUGAGAUGAUUGAAAUGGGAUUCAAGCCUGAUAUAGUUGCUUAUAAUGUCAUGCUUGAAGGGUUGUUGAGGAGUAAGAAGAGGUCUGAUGCAAUCAAGUUGUUUGAGGUCAUGAAGGCCAAAGGUCCACCUCCUAAUGUUAGAAGCUAUACGAUUUUGAUUCGGGAUUUCUGCAAGCAAGGAAAGUUGGAAGAAGCAGUUGAGUAUUUUGAUGAAAUGGUUGAAUCUGGGUACCGGCCUGACGCUGCAAUUUACACAUGUUUGAUUACAGGUUUUGGAAAUCAGAAGAAGAUGGAAAUGGUUUAUGAAUUGUUGAAAGAGAUGAAGGAAAAAGGUUGUGCGCCUGAUGGACGGACAUAUAAUUCCCUAAUCAAAUUGAUGACCAACCGCCGAAUGCCAGAUGAUGCAAUGAGGAUUUACAAGAGAAUGGUACGGAGUGGUAUUGAACCAACAAUACACACUUAUAACAUGAUAAUGAAAUCUUAUUUCUGGACAAGGAAUUAUGACAUGGGUCGUGCAAUAUGGGACGAGAUGAUUCAGAUGGGGAUUUGUCCUGAUGAUAAUUCCUAUACUGUUUUCAUUGGAGGGCUUAUAAGUCAGGGAAGAUCAGGAGAGGCUUAUGAAUGUUUAGAGGAAAUGAUAGAGAGAGGAAUGAAAGCUCCGCAGCUUGAUUACAACAAGUUUGCAGCCGAUUUCUCUAGAGCCGGAAAGCCUGAAAUACUUGAGGAGUUGUCUCAGAAGAUGAAGUUUGCUGGAAAAUUCGAAGUUUCCAAUGUCUUUGCUAGGUGGGCUGAGAUGAUGAGGAAGAGAAUUAAGAGAAGUGAUAUUACUAAAACUGGUAGCCAGUGAAUCUGAAUUGCUCAUUCAGUGCCAAUGAAAUAUUCUUGUUUUAAGCUGCAAAUGGACCAUGGUUUCUGAAUUCUGACUGAUAUGGCUGGGCUAGUGAAGUUUCGAAAUGGUUGUAGUUUAUAUUGCUUUGUAACCGAUAGCAUUAGGAUUGUUGUAUUCUAUAUCUCUCAAGUUAUUAUUUGUUUUAUUGUAACUGGUUCUUGUUUUUGUCAUCGAGAUGUAUAACUUCACAUAUCACCUAAUGCAAUCUGUGAAUUUUUUCUAGCAA